AUGUCUCAGAUAACUUCGAUACCAUCCUUCACUGCGGGCGCUCUGCGCCACACGCACAUCGCAUCGAAAGAGGUUCGUGAGCGUGUAUUGAAGAUGGUCCAGUACAACGUCUUUUCUUUUCCCGCUGCGCUCGUUGUAGCAGACUUCCUCUCGGAUUCAGGUACUGCCGCCAUGACUAGCGGUCAGUGGUCUGCCAUUAUGCAAGGCGAUGAGAGCUAUGGUCGUAACGAUGGGUAUUAUUACUUUCUGGAAGCCCUACGCGACAUCUUUGAGAGGGGAGACAAUAGGCUCAAUACCUAUCGCGAAUAUCUCCUGGAUUUCAAUGUUGAUACCUAUUUGGAGCGAUUUCUGAAAUACCAGGAAGGGGGCUUCGUCAAUGGCGGUAGCGCACAAUUGACCAGGCCCAAUACUUUUAUUGUGCCCCAAGGUCGAUGUGCAGAGAGUCUGUUGUUCCACGCUACUGCGGCUGGUUUUGAUCGUGGUACUGCCCAUCCACUGGCCAUCAUUAGCAAUGGCUUCUUCGACACCACGUCAGCCAAUGCCAAGGCAGCAGGUUUUAGCCUCCACCCAUUUUCACAGGAGGGGUGUAUGGAAGCAAGACAUGUGCCAGAAUGGCGGUCUGAGAAUUCUUUCAAGGGCAACAUGAAUACUUCAGCCGCUGAGCAAUUUUUGUCGACCCAGAAGCAACGAGGCAAUGUUGCGCUUAUCGUUCUGACGGUGACCAACAAUACGGCUGCGGGGCAGCCUGUUUCAAUGGAAAACAUUAAAGAGGUAUCACGUUUGUCUCAGACAUACGGUGUACCUCUUAUUCUCGAUGCCUGUCGCUUCGCUGAGAACGCCAUGUUUAUCAAGCUCUUUGAGAAGAAUUAUAGCCAGACUUCUAUCAACGAGAUCGUACGGGAAAUGUUCUCUUAUGCCGAUGGAUUCACUAUAUCGUUGAAGAAGGACGGUCUAGCAAAUAUAGGGGGAGUACUCUGUCUUCGCGAUGGAGGUAUGCUUACUACGAAAUACCCAGACAUGGGCGUCAAAAUUAGAGAAGAGCAGAUCACUCGAUAUGGCAACGAUAGCUAUGGUGGUAUGAGCGGCCGCGAUCUGAUGGCCGCUACCGUGGGGCUUUAUGAGGGGACCAAUGAGAACUACCUGAUGUCUCGCUUGGACCAGGUAAAGAGGUUUGCCGAAAAGCUCAGUGAAGCUGAUCUGCCUGUCAUCCUGCCACCAGGAGGUUCCGCUAUCUUUCUGGACAUGGAUGCUUUCUUCCAAGAUUGCACACGGCACUACAAAGAUUUUCCAGGAGUGGGUUUCACUUUAGAGCUACUUAGCACAUAUGGUAUACGAUCGUUUGAACUUGGCCCAUUCGCUUUGGAGUGGGACAGGUCCGAGCACCACGACAGCAGGGAAAAUGCAACACCCAAUCUUGUGCGAUUCGCGGUGCCACGCAAUGCAUUGACAGAUCAGCACCUGGACUAUACCGUUUCGGCGAUCAAGGAGCUCAAGGAAAGGCGACACACUAUAGGGGGGGCUCGCAUUACCCAUGGCAAGAAUCUCAGCUUGAGACAUUUUCAGAGUGCUUUGGAGCCUAUUCCAGUUGAUUCCAUGACUUGA